GUUCUUUUAACAGUAUACGUGAGCAGCUGCAUCCUCUAGAAAACUUCCUACACCAUUAUAAGCAGAUUGUCUCUUUUAACCUGGUGCUAUUUAAAGCAGGUAUAUUUUUGAACAAUGGGAGACUGGACUUUUCUUGGAAGACUGCUGGACAAAGUUCAGUCACAUUCUACAGUGGUUGGGAAAAUCUGGCUCACUGUAUUAUUUAUCUUCAGGAUCCUAUUGCUUGGAGCUGCUGCAGAGAAGGUUUGGGGUGAUGAACAAUCUGGCUUCACGUGCAACACACGCCAACCUGGUUGUGAAAAUGUCUGCUAUGAUGAAGCUUUUCCCAUUUCCCACAUUCGCUUUUGGGUUCUUCAGAUCAUUUUUGUUUCAACACCUACCUUGUUAUAUCUUGGACAUGUCUUACAUGUUGUCCAUUUAGAGAAAAAAGUACACAAAUUAACUGAUGAAUCUGUAGGCAUCUUCAAAAAAGUUAAGAAGACAUCGAAGUACAUUGUAAAUCAUGGAAAAGUGAAGAUACAAGGGAUCCUACUAUUCACCUACUUAUUACAUAUAUUUUGUAAAAUUUUGUUGGAAGUUGGUUUCAUUGUGGGUCAGUGGUAUCUCUAUGGAUUCUCUUUGAGUCCCAUAUAUAUGUGCAGUAGAUAUCCCUGUCCUCAUAUGGUUGAUUGUUUUAUUUCACGUCCAACAGAGAAAACCAUUUUCAUCAUUUUCAUGCUGGCUGUGGCUUGUGUGUCACUUCUUCUAAAUAUAACUGAAAUAGUUUACCUUGUUUUCAAGCAAAUAACUGUUUCGACACAUAAGAGGUAUCAAAAACAUGUCCAUCCCCGAUUUGUUGUUGAAUCUUUUGAUAAAACAAUGUUCCCUGCAGAUGUAUCUCUAUCAGAUUCUAAACUGAAGCCCUUUAGUACAGAAGCAGGCAGUAGCCAGGAUCCCAAGACUCAGAAUACCAUUAAUUAUGGGAUUGAAAAGUGUAGCGAGGAAAAUAAAGACAGUAUAGGAAAAUAAAGUGAGCAAGAUGUUCGAUAAGUUAACCUGCCUUUACUCCAGAGAGUAGGUAGCUGAAGUAGUACAAAUAACCAAUUCAUGAACAAGAAUCUAGAAAGGUAACAAUGAUUAUAUUCUUGUAUUAGGCAUGUCGACCUGAACAAACAAUGUAAGGUGAAUUAAAAGUAGUUUCUUCUGUCAUGACAAAAAGUGUCAGCGUUCUCUAUGAAUGUCUUCAGGAGAUAAUUGAUCCAAAAUGUAUAAUUUUCUGACACUAGUUCAAUUUCGACUGAUCAUAUCCACACUGGUAAUUUGCCCUGUAGAUUUGUCCUAAAGUCAUUCAACUCACUUGUGUGCAAAUGAUGAAAAGCAUGAGAACAAUUUUAAAACUGCCUUUUGACCAAGCUGACAGUGCAACAUUUCCAUUAUGUAAACAGAUAUUAAUGACAACUUAUAAAGGUGUCUGCCUUGAGUUUUACCAUCUGAGUGUAUCAGAUCCCUCCAUGGCAGCCCCCACAUUAACCCUAGUAUCCCACUUUCCUUGCGUGGCUACACAGCUCCCAAUGAUUUUGAGACCUUGGUAAUGUGACCAUACCAUGAGUGGAUUGGGCCACCACUGGUGACAAGGCUCUAGACAAUGUAUCCUGUGGCCCCCACCCUAGCACUGCCAGCUUGUGCUGCCAAUGGUCUGUUUUACCAUUUUUCUUAUUAUCUCUGAGUUUAAAUUGAUUUAAAUAAUAUAACUAAAAAUUAUUAAAAAUACAUUUUAAAAUUUUAUGUAUUUAAAAUACAUUAAAGUACUGUCAAUUAAUUAAAAAACAUAGACUUAAAAAAAUAAACAAAAAGCAUGGCUAAACUUACCACUUUAAUGAAGGUUAAUAAACCCAUUGAAAUGAAUGGGCCCAUGCUUGAUCGCCCAUGUGUGCUUGAUGGGAAUCUUGGGAGCAAAAAUACAAAGUGUAUCUGACCCCUCAGCUCAGUGCAUUGCAGAGUGUCUCUGGACACGAUGGUGAAUGCAGGCAGAACAAGAGCGAGACCAAUAUGGCCAGAAAUCUUGAAGUGAAAUCAUGUUGGAUCCAAAAUAUCUAAGAAUCACUUUAGUUGGAGACAAAACUAUUCUUGUCAUGUUACCAGUAAUAAUCAUAUGCUGUAGAGUAAUACAGCACGGAAACAGGCCUUUUGGCCCAACUGGUCCAUGCUAACCACAGCAUCCUCCCUGCUAGUCCCAGUUGCCUGCAUUUGGCCCAUAACCCUCCAAGCCCCUCCGCUCCAUGUACCUAUCCAGAUGCCUCAAGAAACUGAAAAUACCUUAAGAAACUGAACAUGUUUUACUUUCUGUUGGUGUUACUUAAUAAACAAUUAUACAUUCAUUUUAAGUAAUGUUUCAAUGUUAGAAAUGGGAAUGACAAAUAAAUGUUAAAAUUUUAAUCAGCUGCCUUUAUUCAUGCAUUGAGUAAGAUACAGGUGGCUAUAUUAGACAAGAGCUCACAUUUCUAUAACAGUCUUCUUGGUGAAAGAUUCCAUCUAAGAACAUUUUGUUAGAUCUAAGAUGAUUCUUUAUUAUCUUAAUUAUUAACUAGCCAUAAGUUCUUUGUAAAUAUGUUUCAAACUUGCAAAUGGGAAUGAAAGAUAUUUAAAUGUAACCAUUUUAAUAGUGCCUUUUUAUUCAUGUUUUGAGAAAGGUAUAGAAGAAGACUACACAGGAUAACAACUAAUAUUUCUGUCAUAACAUCUGUUAAAAUCUCAGGAUAUUUUCCUGGAAUAUAUGAGGUAUCGCCUUUGUUUUAGUUAGUUGGGCAAAUAAAGAGAUAACCAGAAUUGUAAAAGUAAGAUGUGAGUAGAAUAGCAGUAGAUGAGAACUUGAAACAGGGAGGGACACAAGAAAGGAAAAAGCUUGUAAUGCAUGGAACCAAGUUUAGUCCAGCUCUGUUUGAAUGUUGUUUGCAUAUGAAGGAUCAAUAUCUCUUCAAAAGUCAGAAUGGUAGUUUGCUUGUGUGGAUCAAUAAAAAUCACAUUAUAUAUCUACAGUGCAGAGACAUGUUUCUUUCUGUAAUACAGCUCUAUUUGCUAAGAUGUUCAAUGGUCAAAUAAAAGCUACUAGAAGGUUG